GUCUCAAAAAUUUAUUUCUCUUACACAAAAAAGUUCGUUUAGAUUGAUUGCAAAAAGAAAAAUUUUUUUUUGCUUUUAAGAAUAAUUCGAAAUCUUGUUAUCAAUUUACUACUAAGAGGAGAAUCAAUUUAUUUUAAUUCUAUAAAAAUAAAAUACCAAAAAACAUUCGAACGAGUACUUUUUUUCUAAAAAUGUCAAACAAACCAAAAACAUUCUUUCUUCUGCAAUAUGCCGCCGCAAUAACAGGUUGCAUAACAGUAACUGGCUAUGGUGCAUUGAUAUCAUGGAGUUCACCAGCAAUACCAUAUCUCGAGAGUGAAGAAUCAAAAAUAAAAAUCACCUAUAAUCAAAGUUCAUGGAUAGCGUCAAUCAACUUAAUAGGCCUAUCAAUAGGAUUCUUUCUAAAUCCAUUUUUCGUCGAUCGUAUCGGACGUAAAUGGACAUUAAUAAUGCUCUCAGCACCGCAAUUAAUUUCCUGGCUAUUAAUAAUAUUAGCCAAAAAUUAUAUAUCACUUUAUUGUGCACGACUUAUCGGCGGUAUUGCCUAUGGAGCCGGCCUCUGUACAAUGAUUCUCUACGUGGUUGAAGUGAGCAACAAAAAUAAUCGUGGAAUAUUUUUGCUUCUUAUUCGUUUAUCAAGAGGCAUCGGUGGUACUCUCACAAUUAUUCUAGGUGCCUACUUGAAUUAUCAACAAAUGAAUUACAUUCUAUUGCUGCUACCAAUUCUUUUUAUCAUCAUAUUCCUCUUUAUGCCCGAUUCAUCAUAUUUUAUCGAAAUCAAUCAAAAGAGUGAUAAUAAAUGUUCAAAAACAGUUAAAACUUUGAAUCCACAAACAGGGGACUUUGAAAAUUCAAAAUUAGACAACGACAAAAUCGAAUUACCAAAAACAGAAAAUAAGAAAUUAUCAAAUAAAAAUUCGUUUAGUGAAAAAAUUAGUGAAACAAGAAUAUGGAAAUUAUUUUCAAAUCCAACGAAUAGAAAAGCAAUGAUAAUUGUCAUAUCGACUGGUUUAUUAAACAUCCUAUCAGGACAGACAAUAAUCGGUGUCUAUGGACAACAAAUUUUAAGUUACAAAACAACACCAAUGGAUCCAAAGAAGGCAAUGAUUUUAUGGUCACUACUCAAUACUUUAACAUGUCUAGUCGGUAUAAAUAUAAUCGAAAAAAUAAAUCGUCGAACAAUUUUAAUAUUUUCCGGUAUUAUAUCAACAAUUUCACUAGUGAUAAUUGGUGUUUAUUUUCAAAUAGAAAAAAGUCUUUAUAAUUUCACUUACUUAGGGUGGAUACCAAUUAUUUGCUUAUCGAUAAAUUCAAUUUUUCUCAGUAGUGGUGCGAGUAAUUUAUUUAGUAUUUAUCAGGGUGAAAUGUUUUCAAGUGAUAUUAAAAGUAUUGCAGUGACAGUGCUGCAUUUAUAAUCGGACUUUCUUAUAGUUGAAGAAAUAAUUAGGUGAAUCAUAUUUUUCUACCAAGGUGAAAAUAUUAUUAGGCAUUGACGGAAUAAUGAUUUGAUUUAACAUAUUUACAUUUCGGUUCCGAUGUUCUGUGAAAUCAAUUUUUAGUUCUCCAUUCGUACUUGUUUGUGUCUUUCGUUGUUGAGUUUUUAAACUGUCAUUUUAUAAUCAAAUUGUUUUAAUAGUUGACUGUCGUUACUUUUUUUUGUAAAAGUGUUUACCAUAAUAUUAUUACAAGAUCAUUCAAAUAGAUCAAAAUUAAAAUUUUUGUCAUAAUAUUUAAUUUUGAAAACUGUCUUUCAUUAUUGGCUGAAUCAGUAACACUUAGGCUUCUUAUUUGAGCUGACUAAACUCUUACCGGUAAUACCUCUUUGUUUUCCUAACGUUUUAUUUUUUAAUUAUAAUUUUUUAAUGAGCGACAGUGGUCAUAGACUGAUGGCAAUCUUAUAAAAAGUAGUUUUGACAUUCGUAAAAAUAUUGUUUUUGAAUUCUUGAUUCUUUUAAGAGCAAUCGUUUUUUUGUGACUUAUAUCGUUUAUUUGAACAUUUCGUUUUGUUUAAGUUUCAAGUACACCGAAAAAAAUGCCUAGGACCCGUAUACCAGGAAUUGACUAGGUUUCUUAGUUACGAGAGGAGCCAACUAUAGAAUCCUAGUCAAAGAAAUAAAAUUCAAGCAUAGUUAAAGGGACCA